CCUUCGCUUGCCUCCAUGGAUAUAUAAACGCGCGCAACCACAGCCCACCAGAACCCAACGCACACCAAACAAAAACAACAGGAACGAGAUCACCGGCGCAUCCCAUCCCAGAGCAACCACACACGCAAGACAAGCAAGAAUGGCGAUCGCCGUGAGCGGGCACUGGACGCGGCUGCGGACGCUCGGCUGCGGCGCGUCGGGGGCCGUGGUCUCCCUGGCGGCAGACGGCGCGUCGGGGGAGCUGUUUGCGGUCAAGUCGGUGCGCGCGGCGGACGCGGCGCAGCUGAGCCGGGAGCAGGGGAUCCUCUCCGGGCUGUCCUCGCCGCACGUCGUGGCCUGCAUCGGCGGCGGCGGCGCCCGCGACGGCUCUUACCACCUCUUCCUCGAGUUCGCCCCCGGCGGCUCGCUCGCCGACGAGGCCGCGAGGAAUGGGGGCCGCCUGGAGGAGCGCGCCGUCCGGGCGCACGCGACGGACGUCCUGCGCGGGCUCGCAUACAUCCACGGCAAGUCGCUCGUGCACGGCGACGUCAAGUCGAGGAACGUGGUGAUCGGCGCCGACGGGCGCGCCAAGAUCGCCGACUUCGGGUGCGCGAGGGCCCUCGGCGAGGCGAGGCCGAUCGGAGGCACGCCGGCGUUCAUGGCCCCGGAGGUGGCCCGUGGGGAGGAGCAGGGCCCGGCCGCCGACGUGUGGGCUCUCGGCUGCACGGUCGUCGAGAUGGCCACCGGGCGCGCGCCGUGGGGCGAGAUGGACAACGUCCUUGCCGCCGUCCACCGGAUAGGGUACACGGACGCCGUGCCGGAGGUGCCGACGUGGCUGUCAGCGGAGGCCAAGAGCUUCCUCGCCAUGUGCUUCGCGAGGGACGCCCGCGAGCGGUGCACGGCGGCGGAGCUCCUGGAGCACCCGUUCGUGGCAUUGCAGGCAGGAGAGGCCAAGGCCAGGUGGGUGUCGCCCAAGAGCACGCUCGACGCCGCAUUCUGGGAAUCGGAGACCGACGAGGAAGAGGAGGAGGUUUCAGAGAGCCCGUGCGAGAGGAUCAAGUCAUUGUCCUGCUCCGUCUUGCCGGACUGGGAUUCCGACGAAGGCUGGAUCGACGUGCUCGGCGAGCAGUGUGAAGAAGCUUGCGAUUCACCAGCAGCAACCAAGGGGCCGGCUGAUGUGUCGAGCAGGGCGCCAAGCAAGGUGCUCGGGUCCCCGGCGGCGCCAGCUGAAGACGCAGCUGUCGUCGGCACCCUUUCAAGUGACGAAUUGGACGCAGAGGAUGAGCCUUUCGGUGACGAUAUCAUCCUGGCCGCUGAUCCUUUGGUGGACCGCCAGAUCCAAGUGUGUUGGAGUUCAGAUAGAUAUGUGCUUUCAUCAUCACUUGUACCCUGUAAUAAUCGAAUCGAUGCAAUAGAAAAGUUCCGGUUUCCACAAAUUUUGCCGCGCCGUUCUGACCAUCUAUCUUGCGUUCCUACUCUGUUCUGGACCCGUUCUGAUAGACUACGUACUGAAUUUUCUACCCGUGCGUGGAGAACACAGUGCGCCUUCUGUACACUCCAACUCACAACAAAAAUCUUGCUACAACUUACACAACUACAGUACUAA